AGUGAGCGGCAUUCUGGGAAGAUGGCGGCUGCGCCUGGGAAGCACAAAUUGUUGAGUACAGGUCCCACAGAGCCAUGGUCUGUCCGAGAGAAACUGUGUCUGGCGUCUUCAGUGAUGCGGAGUGGAGAUCAAAACUGGGUUUCAGUCAGCAGGGCAAUCAAACCUUUUGCAGAAUCUGGGCGCCCACCAGACUGGUUUUCACAGAAGCAUUGUGCGUCACAGUAUUCAGAGCUGCUGGAAACUACGGAGACUCCCAAACGUAAGCGCGGUGAGAAAGGAGAAGUUGUGGAAACCGUGGAAGAUGUAAUUGUUCGUAACCUCACUGCUGAGAGGAUCGACGAAUUGAAGAAACUUAUCAAAGAGACUCAGGAGAAAUAUAGAAGGGUCAAGAAAGAAGCUGAGCUGAUCCAGGCUGGUCAGUUGGACAGUAAACUUCAGGAAACUUGGAAUGACAUUGCUGCGAAGAAGAAACGAGAGGAGGAAGAGGCUGAAGUGAAAAAACGAGCAACAGAAAGUGCCUAUCAAGCACGGCAAGCAGCUAAAAAUACUCCUAAAAGAGUGAGCCUGACCAUCCGUUCCUCCUUGGAAUCGAGCUCACCCGGAAUGGAUUACUCUGUGGCAGACACAGCACAGGCGAGUCAGGAGAGCCAUACAAGUCUGGUGUCAAUGAAUAUUGCAAGCGCUCCUAUCAUUCCCCUGAUCUCAGCCCCUGAGAUCCCUGGACCUCCUGUCACCUGCACUGGCCUUGAAACCCCUGCGACUCCAGUUCUGGAGGACUCGCCCCAGAAAAAGUUACUGGGGCAGAAGGCCACACCUCCACCCUCCCCGCUGUUAUCAGAGCUCUUGAAAAAAGGCAACCUCCUGCCUACCAGCCCCAGGCUUGUCAGUGAAAGCGAUCUUCAGCUGACCACCAGUCAUGUUGUUGGUUCCGGUUUUCCUGUUGAAAUGGGAACAGGUGUAUCGACUCUCCACGUUCCAGAACUGCAGCUUUCUGGCACGAGUAUCUCAGUUUCACCUGCAGCGACAGUUGAAGAGCCCACAAUUUGUGUUCAGUUAGAGAGCUGUGUGGAGCAGCCAUCCCUCUCGACGCCUGGAGAUCUCAGUACCUACUCUGUGUUAAUAGACUGCGGAGAAAGCAAGUGUCUACCAGGAAGCAAUCUGCAGGUUACAGGACCACGAGAAAGCAUUCUAGAUCAUCACCAAACAAAAGAGCUGGAAGUUCAUGUAGACAGUGGAGUACCCAGCCUGGAGAACUCAGACAUCCUGGCAAUCAUUCAAGAUAAGGUCAAAGAACCCAAGGAGCUUGUGCUGCCCCCAAAUAUUCGAGACCAGGUUGCUAUCAGUGACAUGAGUGCUACCUCCUUCUUACGAGCAGAGUCUUCGGAGAUCACUAUAAAGCAGGAGGCUGAGGAAAUCAAGCCACAGAUGACAGACCUGAGGCCCAAGGAGGAAGCUCAGAUGCUUGCUGAGUCAAUUGCUGAGAAGAAAAUAACAAUCAAGCAAGAACCGCCAGAGAGAGUGGAGGAGGAGGGGGAGGAUGAAAUUUCAAAUGUAGAACAGGUAGAACGUGUGGUUAGUGUGGUCAAAACUGAGGAGUCCACACAGCGGGGGCCAAAAUCCCAGGCACUUUCUGUAGAUCAUCAUUUGUCCAGGAACAUUGCACAAAGCAAAAGCACCUUGGAGGAAUCCGAACAUCUCUUUCCCAGAAGUGCGAUACAAAGUAAAAGUGCAUCUGAAGAACUGGGACAGCCCUCUCACAGGAGCAUAGCACGGAGUCAAAGUACUUCAGAUGAAGUCGUACAGACAGAAAUUAUGGAAGCCUCGAAGGAAGAGCUGGGGGUGGUUGCAAAGGGACAGGCCAAGCUCCAAGAGGUGCACAUCCCUAAGGAAGAGGAUGGAGCGAGUGAAGCUGCCAGCAUGGAUGAGACCAGGGAGGAGGAACCAAGUGAAGUCUAUAUGUCAGAAACUGACAAUGAGCCACCAGUCAGUGAGAGUGAUGAUGGAUGCAGUAUCCUCAAUGCACAUUUGCAGUCUUCAGUCCUCGCUGAUUCGAUUCCCAGCAGCCCUGCCUCUUCACAGUUUUCAGUCUGCAGCGAAGACCAGGAAGCCAUUCAAGCCCAGAAGAUCUGGAAGAAAGCCAUCAUGUUGGUGUGGAGGGCAGCUGCCAAUCACAGAUACGCUAACGUGUUCCUGCAGCCAGUAACAGACGACAUUGCCCCCGGAUACCACAGCAUCGUACACAGACCAAUGGAUUUAUCUACAAUAAAGAAAAAUAUAGAAACUGGUCUAAUUCGUACAACAGCGGAGUUCCAGCGGGACAUCAUGCUGAUGUUCCAGAAUGCAGUCAUGUACAACAGCUCCGACCAUGAUGUUUAUCACAUGGCCUUGGAAAUGCAGCGAGAUGUCUUAGAGCAGAUUCAGCAAUUCCUGGCCACGCAGCUAAUAAUGCAAACAUCGGAGUCUGGAAUCAGUGCUAAGAGCCUGCGUGGGCGCGAGUCAACGCGAAAACAGGAUGCUGCAGAGAAGGACAGUGUCCCCAUGGGCUCUCCUGCCUUCCUUCUCUCUCUCUUUGACGUGGAGGCUGAACAAAUGAGCCCCGAAACUGUCAGCAAAGAGGAACAAGAAAGCAAAGGCAGUGAUCAAUAUGUCCAGCAGCACCAGAGCCUCCAAAUCGAGUUUGAGGACAGGGAAGAGGAUCCAGAGUUGGGUCGAUCAUCAAAUGACCACAAAGUAAAUGAUGAUGAUGUUAGAAUGGACCUCGCUGAGAAACUGGAGACAAAGAAAGAAGAGGAGGAGAGUUGGGAAGAGUCCUUGUCUGGCCAGGAACAGGCUGGACAAGUAGCGGCCGCUGCAAAUACAGAACUUUGCACAGAACAGUAUGUGAGUGGUGGCUGUGAGUUGUAUGCAAGCCCUCAGGCCUUGCUGUGGGAGGCCCAGCUGGACACCGUGGUGAAAGAGCAGAAAGCAGAAUUGGCUGGAGUAAAUUACAAAAUGCCAGGAGAGGAAGGAGCUGUCAGCGAAGAAGAAUUAGACAUGGAGUUAUCUGUUGCAGAAAGUGAUACCAGCGCCAAUACCCAGAGCUUGGUUUUGGAUGAAUCAGCAACGAGCAGUCACACAUCUUCAGAGUUUUACAGUUCUAGUCUGUACAUCAGAGCUAGCAGCACAGACCAGCAACCAGUUUCAGCUCAGAAGAACUGGAAGAGGACAAUGCUCCUCCUAUGGAAGGAGAUAGCCGGCCACAGAUUUUCUAGUCCGUUUCUGAACCCAGUUACUGAAGACAGAGUUCCUGGAUAUCACAGCCGAGUGCACAGACCGAUGGAUUUAUCGAAUAUAAAGCGAAAUAUCAAGAAAGGUCUAAUUUGUACAACAGCAGAGUUCCAGCGGGACAUCAUGCUGAUGUUCCAGAAUGCAGUCAUGUACAACAGCUCCGACCACAAUGUUUAUCACAUGGCCUUGGAAAUGCAGCGAGACGUCUUAGAGCAGAUUCAGGAAAUUCUGGAAACAGUGGAAUUCAGCAACUGCAGCAAGAAUCUCAACAGGUCACAGUUUGGCAAGUAUUCCUGCUGUGUGAGGAGAUGACUGAAAACUGUUUUGCUCUUGGAGAUUUUAGUUGUUUUCACACAGGUUUUUGUAUCUCACUGCAGUAUUAAUGCAGUAUUUGAUUCAAAGUGGCUUUCUGUACUGCUGUGUUCAUGCAGUGUUUGUGUCAGUUGUGUUCAAGCGGGUUUUUUGUAUCAGUAUGGUACACAGUUGUAUGUGUGUGUUUGUAUCACAUUGAUGUGUUUUUUUUAAAGUAGUUAAUAGUCUUCACUCCAGUGAUGUUAAAUUUUGGGAGAGAAAUUGGACAAUAAUCACUGCAUAGAAGUGAUUAUGCAGUCAUUUCUAUGCAGUGAUUGAUUGACAGGCUUUUCGUUGAAAAAAAGCAACUUCUUUGUGUUUUUCCAUUAAAAUGUAUUUUAG